UUUUGAAACGGCUACCAUCCGAGGGCAGUUCAUCUACCAGCGAUGGAUAAUGAUGAAGAUGUUCCUGUCUGCUGCUGCGACCAGUUGCUUCUGCCUCGCCCUUCUCUCCGUCAUCCCUGCCACAAAGAACGUCUUCGAGUCCUCAAGAACGGCCUACGUCGCCGGCCUCACGCAGAAGGGGAUAAUUUCCGUGACAAUCGGUGGUGCCAUACUCGGCGCCGCGAUGGUGCUCUCCGGUUCGUGUCCAGGAAUGGUGUUGGUCCAAAUUGGAGCAUGGCUAUCUAAUGGAGGAGGAGCAAUGACAUUCUUUGGGUGCAUGGUAGGUGUAUUCCUUUACGCCUUAGUGGAACCAUUGACGACGAAGAUGAUGUCACCGACGAAGCCAUAUGACAAAUAUCUAGCCGACAGCUACACCGAAAAGUGGAAGGUACCGUUUUUUGCUAUGGCUCUUAUCGGUGGGGUCAUGAUGGGCGCGGUCGUCGUAACCAUUGAAGUAUUAGUACCCUGGAAAACAGACCUUGCAAACCCAAAUGUAAAAGGCUCGUGGUUUUUUGAAACGUUAGCCUGGCCGCCGUAUGUAUCUGGAAUAUUGAUCGGGUGCCUUCAGAUCCCACUCGUAUUGUUAAUGAGUGAUACCAUAGGAGGGAGCAGUAGUUACUGUACCUUAGGGGCACAGGCUCUCGUCACCAAACGGAUGGAAUUGUGGUCCCCCUACCUCGCGAAAUUCAAGAGAGGUGCCGAAAACUGGUGGCAGGUGUUUUAUGUGACAGGGGCGAUAGCUGGUGCUUGUAUCUCCGCCGCGGCUUCGGGUAGCUUGGGCAGCACGCCCGGUGUCAGUCUGGCGUCAUCGUUCCUAGGAGGAGUUCUGCUCAUCUUUGGGGCUAGGCUCGCAGGAGGCUGCACUAGCGGACACGGACUAUCUGGCAUGGGGGUUCUUUCAGUACUGUCCUUUGUCACCGUCGCCGCCAUGUUUGCGGGGGGCACAGCCUUUGCCUUCAUUUUUUGGGCCGUCAGUAACGCAAGCAAGUUGGAUUACUACACUUUCUAAAGCAACAAGAUUUUCCCAACAAGACCAUGAAGACCCAGCCAAAGGACACAUUGGUGAAGACAUCAUCAUUCGUUUUCCUUCUAGAGAAACAAAGUUGUCCCAACAAAACCCAGGCACGGGACGCCCUUGUGAAGACAUCAUCAUCCAUUCUUGGUCUGAAGCAACAACAUUGUCACAAGUCCAUGAAUACCCAGACCCAGGACGCCCUGGUGAAGACAAAAUUACCCAUUCUGCUUCUAAAGAAACAAGAUUUGUCCCAAAUAAAACCCAGGCACCAGCCGCCCAGGUGAAGACAUCAUUAUCCACUCUGCUUCUAAAGCAACAAGAUUGUCCCAACAAGUCAAUGAAGACCCAGGCCCAGGACGCCCUGGUGAAGAUAUCAUCAUCCAUUCUGCUUAUAGAGAAACAAGAUUGUCCCAACAAAACCCAGGUACCAGCCGCCUUGGUGAAGACAUCAUAUCCACUCUGCUUCUAGAGAAACAAGAGUGUCCCAACAGACACCAGACGCCCUGGUGAAGAAAAUCUUCACCCAUUCUGCGUCUAAAGCAACAGAGUUGCCCCAACAAUGAAGAACCAGGUACCAGACGCCCUGGUGAAGAUUUCAUCAUCUAUCUGCUUCCGACAUAAUCUGAAUCCGUUUAUCGUCGGCCUCAUGCCCAAUUUUGUUGGUUGUUAAUAUUUACAUCAUCAUGUACAUCUCGACAUGCUUUUAUUUAAUAGUGUCCCUCAUUAGUCAAAAAGCUAUAUUUAUUAAGAUAUUUAUGAAGUCCCCCCUAACACGUAUCCCUGAUUUCCAUUUGCCACUGGGCCUUAAACGGGGCGGCAUCAGAUACAAUACGCUACAACUGAUAUUUUGGCACAUUAUGCAUCGCGCCUUCUCCACAUUUCUUUAUGUCAAAAGGUCAUUAUUGUAUGCGCAUGCGCACACUGACCCUUUUGGCAUGAGGCAUAUCUCAUACAUUAAUCAUACAUAUAUACGCUUCGGCUACGGCCCUACUCGGCAUAAAUGCGAGUCAUUUUUACAUGAUUUUUUUAUUGAAUAUAAAACUAAAUAUCUUGAUCUUUCAUCAAAAUAUUCAAUAUAGUAGGCCUAUUGUGUGAGACACAGUCAAUAAACUUAUUUGUCGAGAUUGAGUUUACAAACGAAGAAACGCGCACAAUCUUUCCAAUAAUAAGAAAGUGAAAACUUUAAAGCCAUUUAUCUUCGUAUGCAAAAAGCAACAACUAACAAAAAAAGGCUAAGGCCCUUUUGGCAUAAGACCGACGAUAUUUGAUGUUCAGUAUUAUUAUACAUACAACGGGUCUUGUGGUCUAGUGGUUAGAGCAUUGGACUCGUAAAUCCCAAGGUUGUCAGUUCGAAUCCCCCUCUACCAUUGUCUCCUGUGUCCACUUUGAUAAUAAGUCCCGCCAAGAGUAAUUUUGUCGUCUACUAUGAUCAGCCACUCCCGACAGCCACUAUACAUGAUAACUUAGACGUAAAAUAUGUUAUAAUUAUGUAAUUGGUUAUAUACCAGCUUGGUGUUUACCUGCAAAACGAUUUCCUGCCGAUCCCUAUAUACGGGCGUUGCUAUAAACAGAACCAGAAUACUUAGGAGAGCUGGUUUGGUCAGGUCUUCCAGAUGAAAGAUUUAGUCUGGAUGAUCGGUGCAAAAAUUAGCAAGAAUUGUUCAAAUUAUGGUACAAGCAUGAAAUUUGGCUGACAGGUAGAGUAAAUAGUGCUGAACAUUUUUAGCAGGGGGUGCCAACCUGAUCUCUCCUCGUAUAGCAACAGUUGCUAGGUAACAUAUUUACCGUAGCAACCACCAUUUUGGGGUGUUAUCUACAUUUAAAAAACUAUAUUUUGACUUCGAACUGCCAAUUUUACAAUCACAUAUCAAGCAACGUUCCAACCAUAUACAGGAACAGUUGCUAAGCAACACAUUUUCCAUAGCAACUAUAGAAAAUAUUACUAAAUACAACAUCUGGUCAUAAUUUUUUAAUGGAAAUGGUAAAAUAAUUGGUCAAAGUAUGAAACCUUGGAGUAAACAAUAUCUCAUUGACCUGAAAAAUAAAUAGUCCAAAUAAUAUAAUAUCUGCAUAAUAAUAAUAGUUUUUAGGUAAAACAAACAUAAUUUUGAUAUGCAUGAUUUGAUUAUUUUGAUUUUUUCUUCAUAUUAUUUAUUCAUACAUGACACAGCUAACACACCGACAAAAAUCAUCACUGGAUCAUUGAAUGUGCUUACUAUUUAAUGAUUAUAUAGGAUCUCGCCUGUUAUGAAAAUGAGAAAGGGUAUUGUAGUGCAUGAACUUUUAGGACAAAGGGAAGCAGAAAUUUGAUAGGUAUGAACUAAUCGCUCCCAAAGGACAAUGCAUAAUUGGGAAGCAAUGGCGAUUAAUGCCCACACACUUAAUUGUCGGUAAAGUUUUGAUAUUUUUGACUAACUUGAAGAGCAUGUACAGUAGACCUGAAACGGCCUCAAGCAUUGACUGUAUGUUCACUGUAUAGCAUGUACAGUAGACAUGAAACAGCCUCAAACAUCAUUGACUGUAUGUGUACUGUGCAUAGCAUGCACAGUAGACCUGAAACUGCAUCAAGCAGCAUUGACUGUAUGUUCACUGUAUAGCAUGUACAGUAGACCUGAAACAGCCUCAAGCAUCAUUGACUGUAUGUGCACUGUACAUAGCAUGCACAGUAGACCUGAAACAGCCCCAAGCAGCAUUGAAUGUAUGUUCACUGUAUAGCAUGGACAGCAGACCUGAAACAGCUUCAAUCAUCGACUGCAUAUACAUGUACCACUUGUGAAUACGUCACGAAGCAGUACAUUAAAAUACAACAACACAUUUUAAUAGAAA